AUGAGUGAGUCUUUACCUCCUGUGCCGACUGUUUUGCAUCGCACGACAAAAGACGGCACUAAGGUAACGUACACUAUCAAAGAUAAAAUGGGAAGUGGUGGAUUUGCAACAGUUUAUAGCGGUGAAGAAAUGCCAGGCCGAUUACCUGUUGCAAUUAAGUGUAUUUCCCAAACACGUGUAGCGGAUCCUAAAGUACGAAGGAAAUUAAUUAGCGAAGUCGAUAUUCAUAAGUCUCUACACCAUCAAAACAUCGUUGAAUUUAAAGGAGUUUUUCAAGAUGAGAAUUACGUCUAUAUUUUAUUAGAACUUUGUCCGAAUGGAACUGUUUUAGAUAUGCUAAAGAAGAACAAUCCAUUUUCAGAAAAACAAACUUCGCAAAUUUGUUACCAAUUAUUAAAUGCGUUAAUUUACUUACACGAGCACCGUGUUAUUCAUCGCGAUCUUAAAUUACAAAAUUUACUUCUUGACAAAAAUAAUCACAUGAAACUCGCUGACUUCGGUCUCAGCGCGCAAUUACAAAGUGAUGAUGAAAAGAAGAUGACUUUAUGCGGAACGCCUAGUUAUUUGAGUCCUGAAGUUGUUGGUGGCGGUGGAAAGAGAGGACAUACUACCUCUGUUGAUAUCUGGGCCACUGGCGUUUGUUCAUUUUUAAUGUUAACCGGAAAACAGCCAUUUCAAGGCUCAGAUAAGAAAAUAACAUAUAAAAACAUAUCACACGUCAGCUACCAAUGGCCAGAAAAAUCUCAUGUUUCGGAUCUUGCAAAAGAUUUUGUCGACCAUGCUCUUCAGAAGGAUCCAAAUGCCCGCCCAACAGCUAAAGAACUUAUUACUCAUCCGUUUAUUACUACAUACAACUCAGAAUUUAUUACUCAAACUCUCAAAACUCCGGUUGCUGCUACUACGCUAGAUUCUUCGAGGAAUCUGAUAAUGACUUCUCGACCAGAUAAUUCUAGCUCGCCAGCUGAGGCCGAGGAAGCUCCGGAAACUCAUGAAUCUGGACAACCCCUCCGCCUUCCAUCGUAUUCGGUUAGAAUAUGGUGGGAUUACUCACACAGAUACGGUUUGGCAUAUAUGCUACAUAAUCAUAUAUGCGGGGCUUGCUUUAACGAUUCAUCCAGAAUUAUUUUGUCUCCAGAUGGUACUUUUUGCCAAUAUUGGGCAUCACCACAGACUCCUGCUCCAGAGAUAGUUGAGAUGAGCACCAUAGAAGUUUCUCCAAUCAGAAAGAAACUUCUUUUAAUUCAACAUUUCGCAGUCGAACUCCGCCAAAGGGCUGGAACUAUGCAUUAUCCGCCAAUAGAAAUUACAGACCAGAAGAUGACGAUCCCUCACGUUAAGUAUUGGGCUCGUACAAGAGAUGGAGUGUUAUUCAGAAUGGCCAACAGAAAUAUUCAGGCCAAUUUCAGAGACCACACCAAGUUGGUGAUAGAGAGCAAUAGCCGGAAUCUGUUUUACGACACAGGAAGAGGCGUACAGCAAUUGACCCUCGGAGAUCUUGGAGAUCGCGAGAGGUAUCAUGAAGUACGUAAGAGAUUUGUAAUUGUUAAGGAAAUGGCGAAAGAACUUGUCUGA